AUGAUGCGCCGGAUGAGCCGACGCGGGAAGGAGACGUUCAAGAUCGACGUCGCCGUCCGCAACGUCACGGGGAUCCCGAGCAAGGUCGCGAAGACGGUCCUGACGCUGGUGCGUCCUCGCGUCCGCGCGUCGUCCAGUCGUCGUCGUCGCGCUCGACCGACGCGUCGACCGCACCCCGGUGCCUUGUCCUCCUCCUUCGGUUCCGUCGCGUCGUCGUCGCCGCCGCCGCCGUCGUCGUCUCACGCCCUCCUCCUCCCCUCCGCGUCUCUCUCCGAUUCCGUCGUCGUCCAGACCCGCGGCGCGAAGGUGCAGCAGUCGAGCGCGAGCGACGUCGCGGACGGCGUCGCGACGUGGGGCGGCGCCGCGUCCGCGUCGGGGUCGGGGUCGGGGUCGGGGUCCGACUCGUCGUCGUCGUCGUCCAAGUUGAUCUUCAUCGUGACGCUGUACAAAAACGCGGACGGGUCGUUCGAGAAGAAGGAGUACUCCGUGAAAGCGCAGGCGGUGGAGGGCGGCGCGGGGACGGGCAAGGAUCCAAAACUCGCGACGUACGCCAAGACGACGAUCGACUUCUCGGAGCACGCGCGUCUGGAGCACUCCGCGCGCGGCGAGACGGUCGCGCUGCCGCUCGACAACAAAGCGUCCAAGGCGAAGGGCGUGCGAUGCGAAUUAGACGUCUCCGUGACGUGGCUGCGUAACUACGUCCGCGACGCGGACGGCGUGACGGACAUCAGCGGCGUGAGCGGGUACAGCACCGGCGUCGGCGGCGGGAUGACGAGCGGCGCGAGCGACAUCACCGGUCUGACGUCCGUCUUGAGCGAAUCCGAGCAGGAUUUAGGCGCGUUCUAUACACUGGUCCCCAUACGACCGCGUUGGCGUGGGUCCCUCGCUUUCAACGCCCGACCUCGACGUCUUUCAACUCCGCUUCUGACGCCUUUCAACUCCGCCCCGACGUCUGUCGCUUCGCGUGGACCCUCGACCCUCAGCGCGACGAAGUACCGCGCGCACAGACUGACCGCGUCCGAGGCGACGGCGAUGACGCGCGCGGACGAGCACGCGGGGCAGCUCUCGCGCGCGCGAGAGGAGAUCCAGAUCCUGUCGAGGACGGUGUCCAUGACGGAGAAGGAGCUCGCCGCGAUGCGUGACGUGGCGCGCCAGGUGGACGAGCUGAAGCGCGCGAAAGCCGCCGUGGAAGCCGAGGCGGCGGCGCGAACGGCGAAAGCCGCGGAGGACGACGUCCGGCGCGCGGCGGCGGUCGCGGAGGCGACUGCGACCGCCGCGGAGGCGGUCGCGGAGAGCGACGAGCUCCGCGCCAAGCUCACGGAGUUGAGGUCGCGCGUCGCGCGCCUCGAGAGCGAGCGCGACGAGACGACGACGGAGCUCGUCGCCGCCGCCGCCGCGGCGGAGUUUUCCGCGUCCGAACGCGACGCCGCGCACGAGCGCGCGGAGGGUCUGAGGAGAAAGCUCGAGGCUGCGAAGGCGGCGACGAACGCGGUGGAGGUGGCCGCCGCGAGAGCCGCGGCGGCGGCGUCCGAGGAGAGGGAUGAUCUGAAGCGACGGCUCGCGGAGGCGAAGACGGCGGCGAGCGCGGCGGCGGCGGCGGCGGCGGCGGCGGCGGCGGCGGAGACGCGACGCCUGGAAGACGCGCGCGACGCGGCCGAGGAGAGCGCGAUUGCUUCGGAGAAGCGCGCGGACGACCUGGAGAAGAGGUUGACGCUCGCCGUAGAGGAAGCCGCCGCCGCGGACGACCGCGCGAAGACGUCCGGCGAGGACGCGAUGAGGGCGAAGGACGCGGAGAUCGCGGAGGUCAACGCGACCGCGAAAGACGCGCGCGAGGAGCUCGAGAAGCUCCGAGACGCGUGCGCGUCGCUCGAGAAGCGAGCGGAGGCGUCGAAGCGGGACGCGGCGGAUAACUGGGACAACCUGCGCGCGACGCACGCCGCGCACGACGCCGCGGUGGCGGAGAUUGCGGAGUUAAGGGAGCGACUCGCGACGGCGACGACGGCGACGAAAACCGCGCCCUCCGCGGACGACGAGGCGAAAGAGAUCGAACGCGAACGCGCGCUGGCGGCGGCGGACGAGAGGCUGGCGCAGCUCGAGGACCUGAACGCGGCGCUGGAGAAAGAAGCCGCGGGCGCCAAGGCGCUCGCGGCGGCGAGCGCGGACGCGGAGGCCAAGUCGAAAGCGCUCGCCGCGGAACGCUGGCGGCUGUUGCUCGCGAAACAAAACGCGCGCGCGGCUUCCGAGUCGACCAUCGCGGACCUCCGGAAGCAGGCGCGUUCUCCUUCACACUGGUCCCCAUACGAUCGCGUUCGCGUGGUGAACGCCCUCGCGAGCGCGGUGGAGGCCGCGGCGGUCGCGGCGAAAGCGGAGGACUCGCGCGCAGCGUUAGAGGCUGCGUCGUCCGCGGCGAGAGCGGCGGGGGAGGACCUCGCGGAGGCGCGCGAGAUGGCCGAGGGGCUUCGGAGGCGAUGCGACGCGCUGGAAGAGGAGGCUCAGGCUUUGAAAUCCCACGCGGCGGAUAACUGGAAGAUGCUCAAAGCGAAAGAGGCGGCGCACGCGGCGGCGACCGCGGAGGCGGAUGAUCUGAGGAAACGACUCGCGACCGCGGUGGACGCCGCGGCCGCCGCGGCGGCGGCUGAGGCGUCGAAACGAGCGCUCGAGACGGCGACGGAGGAGGCGGAAAAGACUAAAAGACAAGUCGAGGACCUCAAAAAGCUCAACGCCGCGCUCGCGAAAGCGGCGAAGGAAUCGAAAGCGCACGCGAGCGCGAUGGAGGCGAAAGAGAAGGAGACCGCCGCGCACGCCAAGGCGAACUGGGACAACCUCGUCGCGAAACGAGCCGCGCACGAAGCCGCGGAGGGCGAAAUCGUCGAUUUGCGAAAGAAACUCGCGACGGCGGUGGAAGCCGCCGCCGCGGGGGAAAAGCUCAAGUCGUCCGCGGACGCGCUCGCGGCCGCGACCGCGGCGUCGGAACGCGCGACCGCGGCGUUGGAGGCGUCCAAGGCGGACGCCGCGCGGUCGCGCGCGCGCGCGGACGCGCUCGAGGGCGAGCUCGAGGCUUCGAAAACCCACGCGGCGGACAACUGGAAGCUUCUCAAAGCGAAAGAGGCGGCGCACGAGGCGGCGACCGCCGAGAUCGUCGACUUGAAGCUCCGGCUGUCCACCGCCGUCGAGGCCGCGGCGGUCGCGGCGAAAGCGGACGAUUCCAACGCCGCGCUCGUCGCGGCGCGCGCGGCGGUUCAGGCGGCGACGGCGAACGCGGAGAGAGCCGAGGACGCCGCGACGGAGGCGACGGCGAACGCGGAGAGAGCCGAGGACGCCGCGACGGAGGCGAAGACGCGCGCGGCGGACGCCUCGAAGAUGCUCCGAGCGAAGGAAGAGUCACACGACGCGCUCGAAAAAGAAAACGCGGACCUGCGCGCUCGGAUGCAGACCGCGGUGGACGCCGCGGCGGCGGCGGCGAACGCGGACGCCUCCGGCGCGGCGAUCGCCGCCGCCGCCGCCGCCGCCGACGCGCUGCGGCAUCAGGAGUUUUGCGAUCAACUCAAAGCGCAGGUCGCGACGUUGAAAGCGGACGCGCGAGCCGCCGCCGAAGCCGCGAGCGCGGACAAGGACGCGCUCGUGGACCUUCGAGAGGAGUGCGCGAUGCUUCGGUUCGCCGCGAGCGGCGGCGUGAUCGAGACGAUCGAUUCCGUGCGAAAGCGUCUCGGCGCGGCCACCGCGGGGGAGACGACGACUUCCGCUUCCGCGACGACUUUCGAAACUUCCGAAGUCCGGGCGUUACGCGCGAGCGUCGCGAGCGCGGAGGCGGACGCGAACGCGGUCGAGACGAGCGCGCGCGCGGCGGCGGCGAGCGCCGCGGAGGAGAUCGACGCGCUGCGGACGCGCAUCGACGCGAUGCAGCAAUCCGCGCGGCUGUACGCGGACGCGGCGAUGGCGGAGAGAGACGACUUGCGGGCCAACCUCGCUGCGCAUCGCGACGCGUGCGAGGAACUGAGAGGAGAACUCGCGGCUUCCUCGCACGCGUCGCGAUGCGCAGCGACCUUGGCCCGCAAGUCGUCUCUCUCCGCCAUCGCCGCGUCCGCGUACAGCCGCGCGGAUUGCUGCAUCGCGUCGAUGCGCGUCCGCAGCGCGUCGAUCUCCUCCGCGGCGCUCGCCGCCGCCGCCGACGCGCUGCGGCAUCAGGAGUUUUGCGAUCAACUCAAAGCGCAGGUCGCGACGUUGAAAGCGGACGCGCGAGCCGCCGCCGAAGCCGCGAGCGCGGACAAGGACGCGCUCGUGGACCUUCGAGAGGAGUGCGCGAUGCUUCGGUUCGCCGCGAGCGGCGGCGUGAUCGAGACGAUCGAUUCCGUGCGAAAGCGUCUCGGCGCGGCCACCGCGGGGGAGACGACGACUUCCGCUUCCGCGACGACUUUCGAAACUUCCGAAGUCCGGGCGUUACGCGCGAGCGUCGCGAGCGCGGAGGCGGACGCGAACGCGGUCGAGACGAGCGCGCGCGCGGCGGCGGCGAGCGCCGCGGAGGAGAUCGACGCGCUGCGGACGCGCAUCGACGCGAUGCAGCAAUCCGCGCGGCUGUACGCGGACGCGGCGAUGGCGGAGAGAGACGACUUGCGGGCCAAGGUCGCUGCGCAUCGCGACGCGUGCGAGGAACUGAGAGGAGAACUCGCGGCGUUGCGCGCGACCGCGGACGCGAACUCGGCCGCGACGGCGUUAGAAACGGACGACGUGAUUCAUCAGUUACGCGAAGAGCUCGCGAUGGUCUCCGCGCGGUUGGCGACGAACGAGCUGUUGCACGAACGCUUCAAGACGGACGCGCAGUCGCGACUCGCGACGGUCAAGUCUGAGGCGAGACGCGCCGCCGAGGCGGCGGCGGCGUCGAAACACGCCGAGACGACCGCGGAGUCGUGCGCGCGCGCGGCGCAGCGCGCGGCGGCGACGGCGGAGUACGAGAUUCAAAUCUUAAAGGACGAGAAGGACGCCGCGGACGCCGAGAUCGCGCGAUACGCGGAGACGUGCGCGUCGUUGCGCGCGCGGUUGGACGCGAAAAAAGUCAAGGGGAAAGUUGAGAAAGCCGCGGCGAAAACCGCGGAGGAGACGGCGUCGUUGAAACACGCGCUGAGCGAGGCCAAGGCGAGCGCCGCGGCCGCGGAGGCGGCCGCGCGGAUCGCGCGCAGAGAUGCGCGCGCGUCGACGGAGGCGCGCGACGACGCGGAGCGGCGCGCGGAGGACGCGGAGACGUCGAGGGCGGACGCGGCUGACGCGGCGAAUCGCGCGACGGAGCGGCUGCACGCGGCGGAGCUCGCGCGCGACGACGCCGAGAACGCGCUCGAGGCGAGCGAAGCGCAGCGCGAGGAGCUCCGGCGCAAGCUGGACGCGAAGACCGCCGCGCUCGCGGACGUGUACGCGCUGCGGGACCGCCUCGCGGCGGCGGAGCAGGCGGUCGUCGCGAAGACCAAGUCGGCGAACGCGCGCGGCCGCGCCGCCAACGCCAAUAAUAAACGCGCGAGGAAAAACGACGGCGACGCCGCGUCCGGCGCCGGCGCCGACGCCGGCGCCGCGCCCGAGGAGCUGCUCGCGAUGGUCCACGCCGCGGAGGCGAGGGCCGCGGCCGCGGAUGACGCGGUCGCGGACGCGGAGCGGUCGCAUCUCGCGGCGCUCGCGAGGCUGGAGACCGCCGGCGCGGAAGCCGCGGCGGCGGCGACGGCGGCGGAGGAGAGACUCCUCGCGCGCGUCGCCGCGUCCGAGUCGCUCGCCGCGACCGCGGAGGAGCGGCGCGAGCGCGAGACGCGGAGGCUGCGACGCGCGCUCGCGGAGGCGCAAGCCGCGCGGUGGGCCGCGGAGAAGGACGCGAGCGGCGCCGUCGCCGCCGCCGCCGUGGUGGACGCCGCGGCGAAAAUGUCGGACGCGAAAAUGUCAGACGGCGGCGAGACGCUCGCGGCGCUGCCGGAAUGCGAAGAAGAAGAAGAGGAAGAAGAGGAGACGGAGGCGGAGACGAUCGGCGACGAGGCGCUGUCGCCGACGCCGACGCCGAUGAAGACGGCGUCGAAGGACGACGAUCCGCCGUCGCCGCCGCUCUCCGGCGGAGGAAAGCUGACGACGCUUCCCGGGGGAAAAAACAAAAACAAAAACAAAAACACAAACGCAAACGCAAACAAAAACGACGCGGUGAGACGAGCCGCGCGCGCGGCAUCCGCGGCGAUCGAAACCGACGCCGCGAACGCGCGGAAGGAGCUGAUGAGCUUGCGCGCCGCCGCGGCCGAGCGCGAACGCGCGAUUCGCGACUUGGACGAAGAGAAAGCCGCCGCGGAGGCGAAGGCUUUCGAGUGGCGGCGGGCGGCGAAGAAGGCGGAGCGCGACUUGAAGGAGAGAGACGUCGCGUUGACGAGGGCGGCGAGAGAGCUCGAGCUGACGAAGACGAGCUUAGCCGCGGCGGUGAAGGCUGCCGCGGACGCGGGCGCGGAGGCGGGGCGAUCCGCGGGCGUCGAGGCGUCGAGGAGGAAGCUGAAGCGGCGCGACGAUUGGGAUUCCAGCGUCGUCGUGACGCCGCCGAGGGACGUCCGGGCCAAGUCGCCGGCGCGGACCAAGUCGCCGGCGCGCGUCGCGGCGGCGACGCCCGCCGCCGCCCCGACGCCGCGGACGCGCUCUCCGCACCGCGGUGCGGUCGUCGCGAAAACGCCUCAAAACGGGGCGUUAUUAGGGAUAUCCUCCACGACGACGACGCUGACGACGCCGUCGUCCGACGUGGGGCCCGGCGCCCCCGUGCCGCUCUCCGCGCGGUCGCCGUUUAAGACGCCGACGCGAAGAGGCGACGGCGUCCGCGGCUUCGACGCGCCGUUCGCGAAAGCCUCCCCCGCCGCCGUCGCCGCCGCGGCGAUCGACUCCAAAGCGGAAGCCACUUUCGCGAAAGCGGAAGCGAAGCGUCUGCGCGCGGAGAAGGAAGAGGCUGAGCGCGACGCGCGCAGAGCGCGCGCGGAGGUGGCCGCCGCCGCCGCCGCCGCGGACGCGGAGGCGACGGAACGCGCGGCGAGGGAACGCGAGCGACUCAAGGACGCGCUCGCGCGCGCCGACGAGGAGACGCGCGUCGCGCUCGCGGACUUGAAGAAGACGCAGAGCGACGCGGAGCGUCAGGUGACCGCCGCACUCGAUCGCGCGGACGAGCGAGAGAAAGCGCUGCGCGCGGACAUCGCGCGCUGCGCUCGAGAGCGCGACGACGCGCGACGCCGCGUCGACGCCGCGACGACGGAGCUCGCGGAUGUGAAAAAGUCGCGCGCGACGCUCGGAGGGAUGACGAGCGCGGAGGCGUCCGCCGCCGUCGCCGUCGCGCGCUACCGCGCGGAGGCGGACCGCGCGAAGAGUCGGCUCGAGGAGCUGGAGGACGAGCGGUUCGAGCUCCGGCGCGCGCUGGAGGCGCACGUCGGCGCGCUCGUGGAGGCGAAGGUGGACGGCGCGGAACACCAAGGGACGAUUCUCGAGUUGAGGAAAGAGCUGUCGCGAGCGAAGACGAAGUAUCAACGCGCCGCGGCGAGAAGCACGAAGCUCGAGGCGAUGUAUUACACCCUGAAGGACGCGUCGGACGCCAAGGCGAUGGCGGAGAGCGCGACGUGGGGUGGUAGCGCGAGCGGUCACGGGGGCGGGGGUGGGCGGGGGCACGGAGGGAACGGGAGCCCGGAUGAGAACGACGAGAAGAGAAGAACGCCCGUCGUCCUCUCGACGCGGCCGCGGCUGUUUUCGCCCUGA